AUGUCGGACGCAGAUCAGGGCUGGAAACCAAACGGUCGUCCUCAGUCGACCAUGGCGCAAGCCUUCUCAAGCACACUGGAUAGUCUCUUCGCACUGGACUCGGAUGUCCACCACCUUGAACAGACUGUGGAUGAGAGGAAAUUUCAAAUGAUAAUUCAAAACCGAGAACUGGAAGAGCUUCAGGCGAAAAUUCGCGCGACCGAAGAACGUUUGAAAGCACGAAAGUCUGUGAUCUUCGAUGGAAGUGGCCCCAGGAGCAAUGUAGCACAGAGCGACGGCGGAUACCAAUCGACAGGUAAGGCGUUAUCUUGUGUGCCGGUGUAUCUGGCGGAAAAAUUGUCGCUAAAGCUUCUUGAUACCUAUAGAAUCCGCGUCAUCGGCAACAUCUCCAACGGACACGGCAGGCCACUAUUCCAGCGGGGAUGA